UUAUAGCGGGAUUUUAGCAUGCAUUCUGACACUGGGGGGAACUUUGUGUCAUUGACAUCCCCAGUUUCACCAAUACAGUGAUCAGUGCUAAUAAAAAGCACUGACACUGGACUAAUGGUACUGGGUAGGAAGGGGUUAACAUCUGGGGGGAUCCAAAGGGUUAAUUGUGUACUGGGUGUGUUUUACUAUGGGGCUGUGCGUGUGCUUCACUGUAAGCACACUGCUUUGCACAGCCAUUCAAAGCAGUGUGCAGGAGCGAGGAUCUCCGACGGGGAGGAAGACUGUUUUGUUUACAGUCUU